AUGAGACUGUCCUCGCCGGUAUUCGCUCUCAUCCUGGCUCAUCGAGCAGCCGCACAGGUGCCAAGCAACUUUGCUACGUGGCGCGUUGGCCCUCCUCUUGGAGCAAGCAGACGACCGGCAGCUACAACUGCCAUAGCCACCGUCGCGAGCAGCACUCUUCCGGGCAUCCCCCAGACCAGCAGUAGCAUUGAUGGUGGCGGGGACGGCGGCCUGGGGGGAGUAUGCUCAUGGGGCUACACAUACUGCGGUUACAUCUUGAGCAACAACAACGGCUUCAGCAACGAGACCAUCGAGGCUGCAUUUUGCGCUGUUGAGGGCAACUGCCCUGACGGGACCGCCGCGAGUGCCAGCACCAGCUAUCUCGGUGCGCUCUAUGUAUGCCUCCCUGCGGAUCCGCAGAUCACCAAGAUGAAAAGGCAGGCUACUCCCGACGAGCCCGCGCCGACCGCUAUAGGCUCCCCUGACUGUCCUCCGCACCUGGGGCCGCACAAAUUGCAGCUCCUGUGCUCUUGUGGCGGAGACCCAGAUCCGCAGAAGGCGUGCUUGAACCCAGAAAGCGAUCAUAUCGGCAGGUGCUUGAAUCCCUGCCACAACUGA